UGUAAGCAAAGCAAACAGUGAGCUCGGACGCUCAACCGGGUAAUUAUCGCUCUUGCUUCUAGGUUCUCACACCAAAUCAAAGUUGUCAACAGGAAUUUAAGAACUGUUAAUUAGCUUGGUUGUCGACACUCCAUCAAUCAAGUGUGGUCCCAUUGGACCCAUUUCAAGAAAGAGAUCCAAAGAAUCAUUGGCUGAAAACUUAAUCUUAUAAUACUCGCCUCUGAGGCUUGCUAGACAAGUACUACAAUACCACGUCAUACACGUGCAAAUUACUGAUUUGUACACAUUUUCACUGUAGGUUGCAUAUUUAACAGAGACCUCUAACGGCGCCGGUAACCAGACAGUCACAGCAGUGGAAUCUAAAGUCAGUUCAGUCAAGCGCUUGUUAUCAGUAAGGUUACGCAAAAAAAGCGGGAAAUGAUCAGAUACGAAGAUACUAAGCUCCUCAAGCUGUUUGUCGGUGGGCUUCCAUACGAAACCGAUGAUCAAACUCUGAGAGAAUAUUUUGAACAGUUUGGGGAAAUCAGGGAGGCUGUGGUCAUUAAAGAUCGGGACACGCAAAAGUCGAAAGGCUACGGUUUCGUAAGUGACUGUCGCUCUGAAUCUGAACUUUUCGUUUAACAACCUUUUUGGUUCUUUGUUGGCAACUUUCUAACAAAUGAUUUUAUAAUCUGUAGGUUACGUUUCACGACAAAGAAUCGGCCGAAAAGGCGUGCGUAAACAGAAGACCGGUUAUCGACGGAAGAACAGCGAACGUAAACUUGGCUUACAUUGGCGCCAAAGUAAAACCGACUAAAGGUCAGUGUAACAGAUCCGAGUUUCUCCAGUUUUAAGCCGCAACAACGUCUAAGAGAGAAAUCUGCGGCGUAUCAUGGCCUCAUUUUUCGCUUCACUAACACUGAAUCAAACGUAAACCCUAUCACUUUCAGAAAGAGUAAAUAAUGCUGUUUGAUUACACAUGCGAACGUGUCCUCUCUUUUUGUGUUUCUAGGAAGUGGAAAGAAUGUCAUGACGAGUUAUGGAUAUGGAUAUAAGCAGAAUACUGUGAUAGGGUAAGCCGCCUGCCUGCCGGAUCACAAUAAUCGCCACUUAGCUCUGAAAAGCAACGUUUUUGUAAUGGGCAGUUUUUUGUAGUUGGUAAAGUAAUCUUAAGUACAGAAUGGAUUUUACCACCCUUGCACGAUUCUCUAAUAAAAAUAAAAUUCGAGCAGAGUUUGUGAAUAGUAACGUCCCAGCUACCCCGGGUAAUUUGAAAACCAAAUAUUGCCGGCUUUUACACCGCUAUACAGCUGGUCAACCAAGUCCACAAAGAACACAAAGGUAUCCAAAUUAUAGUGUGUUUUGGGCAUGAAAGUCAAACGGGUCCGACUAGAAUGUGGUUAUUGUGGCAUUCAUCAAUUAAAUCAAUUAGGAAUAAAAGUUGUGAAUAAUUUAAAAUGUUCAGGGGGUACAAAAAAGGUUUCUUUUACGACCACAAGAUCACUUAACCUCAUCGUAAAACUACAUUUCAUUUAGUAACAAAAUGUUCUUAUUUUGAAUAAAUCGCGCUCAUAAAAGCAAAGUGAAGAGAGACUGCUUGUUUAGAUCGACAAUGAAGCACAAUGGCGUCUGGCUCGAUAAUAACUUUUAUGUUUUAAGCAGCCUGUGUGUUAUAAGGGUCAUGUAAAUAAAACAACUAAUAACCACAAACUUUAACAACAGCGUGAUUAUUAAGCGCUAAGUAUUCAAACCGUAGGCAUCCGCCACUCAGCAGUCAACUGGCAUAUCCACGGGUUAUUGAAAUGACAAAAACAGUUCAUGGAAUGUCGCAUGCUUUCCAGAUCGCCGAAUACUUUGUUCUUAACGUUUCUCAGUAUUUUUCGUUGCUUACGCUUUGAAAAACAAAAGAUCUAGACCUCAAUAAAGGUAACUAGUUUAAAUUAAGUUUAAUUCAAAAUAUUUACUCUUUUUAUGUAAAAGAACUGAAUCCAAUCAGUGAGCUUAAUCGAAAAAGUGCGACCGUUUUUCUUUUUUUUUUUUUCCAUUUCUGUCACAGUAACUCUAGUUUGUUAAACAAAAUAUCAAAACUUGACUUGAGUUUCAUCUAUUGUUGUUCAAAUUUCUUUUUCUUCAGAUCCCAGCAAUUUCCUUGUAAUUUCUCAACUGGUUUUUCUCAACCGAUCACAGCUCAACCGCUCCAGACAGUAUCCCUUCUGACUCCCCAGUCACCAAAUGGUCAUAUACCUGCUAGCGGCGGCAUUCCACCAACGGCAACCGGACCUGUUCAGCUUAUUGAAUACAACGGGGUGCCUACAUUGGUUUUUGGUACAACAAUGUACGACCACAUAUAUUACUCGCCAGCUUCUUAUGUGCCUUCUCCUACUCUUUCGCCACCAAGCUCGGUAGCAACGUCAUUUACGUAUCAAACUGUUGCCCCUCAAUCGCCGCCAUUUAAUUCGUUAAACGGUCAGCAGUUUUUUCCAACACAUGUGGAAAUCAUAGGACAGCCACAGCUCUAAAUGCUGUUCUAAACAGCUCUUAUGGAAGUUGACUUUAUAGGAAAGAUGUUCUAGUCAGUAAAACCUUUGAGCCAGAGACGGGAUCUUUAGAAGAAUGCUGCACCAGCGUCUUUUUGCUAAUUACUCGCUGCUCUCGGUGAUAAUUGGUGAACCUAAAACACAAAUUUAGUAUUAUAGAAAAACUGUAGGAACAUAUCAGAAUCCAUAAAGUUAUGCAAUGAACAAUAAGAGAUAUUUUUAAUCAAUUUUCUAAUUUAUUGCCAAGAAGAAGAAGAAGAGACAAGGGGCUUUAAUUUAGGCGUAACCGUGUAUCGUAACGGUUUUUAUGUUACGUAAUUCAAUCAUGUACAGUCGACUAGAUGCAGAAAUAACCUUUUGUACAAAGAUGCACAGACCCUAGAACAAGCUUUUAAUAAGUAAGUCAUAUACAAGUUCAAUAUAUAUAAAAAACAAAUCACCACUGUUCAAGACGUUAAGUUAAUCAUCAUCAAAAAUGGAGGUUCUUACAAAGUGAGCUCUUGAAUAGACAACCCUCUGCGAUUCCAAUCAAUUGUAGUAGC